CGAACGAAGAUGAAGUCGCGAUAAAAAUAAAAACCCUAGAAAUAUCCCAAAUUUUUGUGUACAAAUCAAUCAAUGGAUUCUCUGCUAGCUUCUUAUGCAUCUUCAGACGAAGAAGACGAUCAACAGCAACCUCAACCAAUUCAUUCGCAACCCGCAUCAAACUUAUUCUCCUCUCUUCCACCUCCCUCAUCUGAUUCACCUUCAUCCGCAUCUCUAUUCUCUAAACUUCCUCAACCCAAAUCCGACCCUCUUUCUCUCAACCCUAAGCCCAAAAAAGUUGUACAGUUUCGGCCCCCAGUAAUUACAAAAGUUGUUGUUGAUGAUGAUGAUGAUGAUGAUGAUGAAGAUGAUAAGAAAGAAGAUAGGAAAAAGGAUGAUUUUUUACCUCAAGCGCCAUCUGUGAAGUCUUUUUUGUCGAGUAUUCCGGCUCCCAGGAACUCCGUUUCACUCGGUGCAGGACUGUCGUCUGCUGGCGCUGGCCGACGAUCGAUUUUGGAAGCCCAAGUACCUGGAUUAUCGAGUUCGAAUAUUGCUAAUGAAAGCGUUGGUAAAUCCUCUGAUAAGCAGGUGAAGGAUGAGCAUAAUGUGAAUUUAUCUGCUGACAGUUACAAUGAAUACGCCAAUGUGGCUGCAGAUUAUGGGAGUUAUGAUUAUAGUGGUUAUGGAGGAUAUCAAAAUACGGAUACGGAUGUAUAUGGUCCUGCAAGUGGUGGUUAUGAGGGUAAUAGUGGGUAUGGGCAGUAUGAGAGUAGUAAAUGGGUUGCUGAAAUUCCAGUGGUGCAGCAGCCACAUGGAAAGAGGGGUAGGAAUGAGAUUCCUGCGGAAGUGAUUGAGGUUAAUCAAGAUGAACUGAUGAAGAACCGCCCACGACCCGAUCAAGCUAAACUAACCGGAAUCGCUUUUGGGCCUUCGUAUCAGCCGACUUCUUCAACAAAAGGGAAGCCAUCAAAGCUGCACAAGAGGAAACAUCAGAUUGGAUCGUUAUAUUUUGAUAUGAGAUCGAAAGAGGCGGAACUUGCAGAACGUCGAUCCAAAGGCUUUCUCACAAAAGCAGAAACACAAGCCAAGUAUGGUUGGUGACAGAUUCUUGUAUGUAUGUCUACUGCAAUCUUGUAUUACAUUUCUUCAUGUUUCAUAUGUUAGUUUUCUGUAAACUUCCUUUUGUUUCAACUAAGAAAAAUAAUUGCCAAUAUUAACUUUUUUUCACUUUU